CCGUACUAUAACUGUAAAGGGGGCAGAUGAAACUAAUUAAGUGCCAUCGACCACCGGGGUGGUAAACGGCACCUAAUUAGUGCCAACCACCACCCCGGUGGCAAGCCUAAAGGGGGCAGAUGGGAAUAAAGGACCCCGAGCAACGAGAAAAUAGGACAAGAAUGCGAGAUGACGCCGGUUAUUCAUGUGCUACAGCACCCAGGCUGCAUACCAAAACCGAUUCCAUCAUUUGCUUGCGUUGGAAAAUGUACAAGUUACGUUCAGGUAUCCGGUAGCAAGAUAUGGCAGAUGGAGCGAACUUGUAACUGCUGUCAAGAGUCGGGAGAACGAGAGGCAACAGUCGUUCUGUUCUGUCCAAAGGCCAAAAGCGAAGAAAAGAGAUUCAGAAAGGUAACAACAAAGGCUCCCCUGGAGUGCAUGUGCCGACCAUGUGGGAGUAUCGAAGAAAGUGCCAUCAUUCCUCAAGAGAUAGCUGGCUACUCCGAAGAUUCACCUCUUCAUAAUCACUUCAUUAAAUCUUUUUAGAAAAAGUACUCAAUGGGAUUACCAGACGGAG